AUGGAAUACGAUCAUCGGAUCGCCGGUGCAGCGGCGGCACGCGCUGUGGCGGAAGCAAAGAAGGCAACAAACACUCUGAAAACAUUGAAACGACGAUUGGCAAAAAUUACACCGAAACCGACGCCUGCUAGCGAGAUUAAGCUUCCGCAUGUUGCGGAUGUACCUCACGAAUUGCCUGCUGCGAUGGCGGAAAAGACCAGGGAGAAGAGUCGCGCGAUCAUUGAGCGCUUGUUGUCGUCUUAUGUUCGCCACAGACGUGGCUUACCGAGUGCCACCACAGCGACCCCUCUUGGAUUGGGUCCCGCUGAAGUGGAGCCUCCCGAUUCUGUCCCGGCUAAAAUGCCUUCUGAUUGCCCUCAGGAUUCUGAAGGGCAACACUCUGGGCUCCCGAUGUUAUUAUGGCCGAAAGUACGGCCACAUUAA